AUGCUGACUGAAGGCUUCAUCACGUCCAUUCUGGCUCAGCCGAAGACUGCCAAUACUGCCAUUGCGAAAGAUAUUGGCAUCUACUUCCACGAAUUGCACCCGAUCCCCCUCGUCAAGUCUUCACUCAAGAAGAGUUCGACUCGAGUCAAUGGAUUAGCCGCCACAUCCACCCAUAUCUUCGCGGCACAAGCAGAUAAAGCAGUGGUCCACGUAUACUCGAGGGAGAAAGGAAACCAAGAAGCAUUAAUUUCGUUUCCAGAGAGGAUCCAUAGUUUGACUCUACUUGGUGAUGGAGUUCUGGUGUUGGGUACCGCCGAAGGAAGGGCGAUCCUCUGGGAGGUCUGCACAGGAAGACAAGUAUCCACACCCACUGCACACCUGCAGCCGAUUUCAUGUCUUGCGGGAAACCUAUCACAUUUAAUCACCGGCUCCGAAGACUCGAAUAUCCACGUUUGGUCGGUCCCACGUCUCUUGUCAAUGGCAGCCACUGAAACUCCCGAGCCACUGCGAACUCUCUCCAACCAUCGAGCCGCCAUCACAAACCUUAUAAUGGGCCACAGUGCUAGCGGGACCGAUAUCUGCGUUUCGGCAAGCAAGGAUAACACGGUCGUUGUUUGGGACUAUCAAUCAGGCGAUCUGCUUCGGACAUUUCUUCUUCCAUCUACGCCACUCUGUCUAGCUUUGGAUCCGUGCGAUCGGGCCGUGUACAUCGGCUUCGAGGACGGUUCGGUGCAGCUCAUCGAGUUCUCAAGCCGAGAUUCGAAGCUCAACCAGCUCUACGACAAAAGUUUGCAGAGCACGCCAGUACAGGUUGCAAGUCCUCCUUGGACCGCAACAGGCGAAGCGAGCCCCGUUCUCUGUCUUGGCCUCAGCUACGAUGGCACCACUCUGCUCUCUGGCCACACGUCGGGAAAAAUUAUACGCUGGGAUGCUCCCCGGCGUGUGUCCACGAGUGAAAUUGCGGAUCUCAAUGCACCUGUCACGAAUUUACUGAUGUCUUCGCCGUUUCCUGCUCGGAAGUUGACAAAGCCUCUGACUAUUGUCAAGCCAAAGUUAGGCGAAGGCAGCUACAUUUUCACAAGUAAACUGCAAGGCUCAAUUGGUGCCCCAAGUCUGGCCAUGGUUGCCGAUGGCUUCCCAGCUGACCUGCUCGAGAAGGCAAUCGCCAGCUUUUCAGCCGCUUCGUUGACUUCUUCCUCUUCAAGUGGAGACGAGGAGCUUCGAAAGGAGAACGAAGAGCUUUGGAAGAUAGUCAACGAUCAACGCGCACUUCAAAGGAAGACAUGGGCCAAGUUGACCACACUGAAAACUGGUGGGGUUGACUCGUAG